AUGGCCGGCCCUAAAACAGCCCCUUCGGCGUCGCCUAACGCUGUCCAGUCUCUACUCAAGGCUUACAGGGAGACCACGUCCUCCCGUCUCAAGCUCAUCGACUCCUUCCUAUUGUUCCUCAUGCUAUCUGGGGUCAUUCAGUUCAUCUACUGCAUCCUCGUCACAAACUUCCCGUUCAACGCGUUCCUUGCGGGCUUUGGAAGCUGCGUCGGACAAUUUGUCUUGACGGCUUCACUACGAUCCCAGGUCAACCCAGCAAACCGGUCGGAGUUUAAAGAGGUGUCUCCAGAGCGGGCCUUUGCAGACUUCGCCCUCGGUUCCAUUGUCUUACACUUCUUUGUAUACAACUUCCUCGGAUGA